AUGUGCAGAGCUCAGCGCGUCACGCCCAACAUGUCUGGUGUGGGCUUGCGAAUGCAUCGCAAGAGCUUGUUCGAGUGCACCAGGGAGCAGGAAGGCAUCCUGAAGACAGACAAUCCGGGCGUGAACUGUGACGUUUCUGCUCUUUCUUCCGCAGAGUUUUUUGCCCUCAGGGCCCAGCAGUGUGCUAUAGCCAUCCCGAGCCGAACUCUUUCCAGCGACAUGGCAACCCAGCUCUGGAAGUUCGCGCUCGCAACUCGGCCGCAAAAGAGAGCAGCAGCCGCAGGGCGCCGGCCUCGCAGUGAUAUGCACUUCUUGCGCGCCCGUGUUGUUGCAUGUUGUUGCCACAGCUCUGAGUUGCUGCUGGAGUUCGUGGCCGUCCAUGGCCAGAGCCAGACCCCCGAGACCUGUGAGGGAGAGACCUGCGAGGAGGGCGUGUUCAUGCAGGUCCGCUCCAUGCCAGCAUCCUUCCUGGAGCUGUCCAUGGCACAGAUCCGCAGCGGAGCCCGCGGUGCGCCGGUGGAACAGCUCAAGCAGCAGCUUCGUGGCAUGGCCAUGGCGAGGGUAGGGGCCGGCAGUGGCGACCCAAACUACACUGUCUGGAACAUCAGCCAGGCCAACUUCUCCGCAGUCUUCGCCUCCAUAAAAGAGGACAUGGAGGCGAUCAUCGACGAGAUCGAGCUCUCAGCGACCCGGGACAACAACCAGCUCGAGUUGGCCCGGGGUGCUGUGGCCGACUGCAACACGCAGCUGAACAGAAGUGUUCCGCAAGACGUGCAGGACUUGGGCGCACUGCACCGAGCUUGCCGUGUGCAAGAGGCAUCAGAUCUCGCAGCCCGAGAUGCCGCCUUCCAGGCCCUGACGGCGCAUCUUCAAAAUCCUAUAUCUGUCCAAGAUUGCCUGCAAGACUUCGGCCGAGGUGGGUGCGAGGUGAAUGACAUCACCAGCACGGAGUAUGUCCAACGGGCCCUAGAGUGCAGCGAAGCCAUCCGUGAUUGGGCAGGCACCUACCACAGCCAGCUCGACACACUGCAGUCCACCUAUGAUUCUGCCGUUGCCGCGUACGCGGACAAGACAAAAGAAUGCAACGUUGACCAGCAGGAGUUCGAGAUUGGCUACUGCACCUUGCGCACGCACUUGGAGGACCAAUGCAGCGAGCAGCACACUUGCUACGACAGCGCGCAGAGCCUGUUCAACAGCACCCGUGACCUCAUCCUUCAAUCGAACGCCAGCCGGUACGUGGCUUACGCCUCCGCAAGGCAAGUGCAGUGCUACAUCGACGUGCUGAGCGCAGACAAUCUGACAGCCUCUGCCGUCGACAGCUGCGACCAGGCCCAGUUCGACACGUCCAACCUCACACUCAACAUACCCGAGCUGCCCGCCAAGAUGCAGUGCAAUAUCUUUGAUGACGACUUCCCAUGCUCGCAGGAAUGGAUCCAUUAUAGCUACGUCAACUUCCCUUCUGGCGUCCACCUUGCUGCUUGCGCUGCCCUCAGACCCAGCCGGCGCUAG